AUGAAAGGAGUUAUGAGGUUUGGGAAGAAGGGCAAGUUGAGCCCUAGAUACAUCGGGCCAUUUGAGAUUCCUGAUCAAGUUGGACCGAUGGCAUAUAGAGUAGCACUUCCACCGGCACUUGCGGGGGUGCAUAAUGUAUUUCGUGUCUCCAUGUUGAGGAAACACGUCAUUGACCCCACCCAAAUUAUUGACUAUGAGCCCUUACAGAUUCAGGAAGAUAUGACUUAUGCUGAAGAACGAAUUCGUAUAAUAGAAAGGAAAGAAUUGGUGCUACAAACUCAGACUAUACCUUUGGUUAAAAGUCAUGUGGAAUAA